AAGGUAUGGGGAAUCAGCAGGCCAUUUUGAGUGACCUUGACAUACAGGAACUAAAGGAAUCCACGCCUCUCUCUGAGGGUGAGCUCAAGAAAUUAGAACAGCGUUAUCAGACAUUAGAUAAGUCACCGGAAGCCACAGAUGGAAUCCCGUACGACAAAAUGGUUCUUCUUCCUGAGUUAAGAGGCAACGAGUUGUGUUCCCAUGUUGUGGCAGCAAAUUUAGACGGGCGUUCUGGACGUGUGUAUGCAAAACAGUUCGUACAAAUAUUUGGGAUCCUAAGUCCAAAAGCAAACCCUGAUGAAAAGAAAGAAUUCUUAUUUGAAAUUUUCAAUAUUUAUGGAACAAACGUAUUAAUGCAUGAUGAAAUGUACAGAAUUUAUAAAACUCUAUUUGACAGAACUAUCAGCGACGACCAUAUCUUAGCACUAACAUACCGCGCCCUUAACCAUAAAGCCCUGAAGAAAAAAGGGGAGAUAACCAAGGAAGAGUUCCUACAGCUAAUUCCAGAUCAUGAAAUAGUCAACCGAAUGUCAGUAGAAUUAUUAUGAAUAUCAAAAUGAAAUUCUUCAGAUCCCAAGUGUUUCGGAAAUGGAUAUUAAGUGCAGGUUAAUUUCCUGCAAUUCCGAAGUGGGAAAUUUUUGAGCCAAUGGGGAAUUAUUAGAAUGUAUUUCAGCGAAUGUAAUGGAAAAAAGAGAGGUCGAAUUUAUUUAUGAAUGAACUUUUUACUGCAGUGAUCUUCUAAAUUGAUUAGAAGAAACAUCGGAACAGACAAGUCGUUAAUGGAAUCUGUGUAUUUCUCUAGCUUGUGGAAUCUUAUACAACUUCCCAGUCCGGACGCCCCAAGUUUGUGGAAACAAACAUACGGCGUAGAUCUGGAGCCGAGGUCUCCAUGGAGUCGAAGAUAUGGGAGGAGAUCGAUCCUAAUUUGUUUAUACACAUGUAACAACAAAACGAACAAACCGCUAAAAUUAAUAAUGUAAACAUGCUUUAAAUUUUUCCAACUAUGGUAAAUUGGAAAAAGUUAGAAGAAAAUUAAAAUGACUAACAAUCUAUACAAUAAAAAAACUAAAAUAUAAGAUAUUUGAAGAUGUAUAUUUUUUAGAAAUGCUGCCAUAGUUCCGUCUACGCUAUUAGCUCAUAUGUAAAACGGUUAUAAACUGGGGUGAUGAAGUUUGUAUUUUUGUAUUAUAUUGCCUACCCGCUUUAAAUUUCGUAUUCUGAGAAUGUCAGUAUAUCUCAGAGUGGACAAACACAGGAUU